UCUGAAAUUGAAAAACAGUCUCACUCUCAAUCAACAUGCCUACUUAUCCGUAAAGAUCCAUUUUUACGUCAAUAAAAUCAUUUAUUUUCUCAUCGUUUUAGGAAGUAAUAUUCAACUGGAAGCUGAUUUAUUUAUAAUUUUAAACUUGUUUGAUCGUGAUUUUCGUUUUCAAUAUGAUUUUGUCGAUCAACAAAUCGGUUUUACUAUUUCCGUUCGUUUGUUUGAUUUUUAUUCAACAUCCAUCCAGUGCAACUCCUAUAACGCUAUCAAAACAAAACGAUGGGAUUCAAUGGAAUGCAGAUGUAGAAUUUCACACCAUAAGAUAUAAUUUGAAUAUUAAUCGUAGUGUUUUUGAACGUGAUUGGCAUAGAAUGCGUGAGAACAUGCUUCCUACUACCGAAAAUGAACCAUGUAAUUGGAAAGUUGAGUUGGGGUGGCAUAAAUAUUCCGACAGCAAAAUUUCAUUAGGUUUGCUAUUGGUUGAUAACGGUAAAGCUGGAAGAGUAAUCGCGAAAUUCAAAGCUACACUCCUUGAUGAUUUUGGAAGAGAGGUGCGAUCAAAUAUAAAACUGCAAGAGCUUAGUGCUGGUACGACAGAGCGAAUCAGCUCGGAAAAUUUCAUCGAGCUUGAAGACAUUACCAAAAAUCCGUUCAUAAAAGGAAAUACAGUCACUAUUGUUAUAGAGAUAUGCUACUAUUAUUCUCGAUGCGGCAGUUUUACAGAUCAACAAAACAUGAUCUCACCAGAACCCAACACCACGAAAUGCCUUCUAUCCGAUAACUUUGGAUCAUUACUGGAAAAUCAAGAUUUUGCAGACGUCAUGCUAUUAGCGAAAGGCAAAAAUUAUUCGGCUCACAAAAGUGUUUUGGCUGCGCGCAGUGAAGUUUUUGCAACCAUGUUUAAAAAUAUUGAACAAGGUGAUAAAAAACAUAAAAAAAUUCGAAUCGAUGUUACCGACAUAGAUGCAGAAGUUAUGGACGAAUUGUUGCGAUACAUUUACACGGGAAAAUGUCAAAUUUCAGAUAAACUAGCCGAGCGACUUUACGCAGCAGCAGAUGCAUAUAAGCUAAAUGAGCUAAAAACAAUUUCUCUGAAAUCGAUGAUUGAAACAUUAUCUGUUAAUAGUGCAGCAAAUGUGUUGGUAUUUGCGGAUAAGCAUCAUAUGAAUGAUUUGAAAUCAAAAGUGUUUGACUUUAUCGUUGAAAACUCUGUCCAAGUGUUGAACACUAGCGAAUGGAAGAGUGUGGUUGCACCAAAUCUUCAGUUACUUGGCGAAAUAUGUCAAGUUUUCUCACAACGAUUGGUUAAAUCCCUACCAGGUGAAUCAUUUUGUAAGUUAAUUUUAGCACACAAAUUAAAAUUGGUACCUAGCUCGUAAAUUGGUAGGUGUACCUAAAUUCCAAUCAAAACUGUAAAAUUGUGAAUUAGGUAUAAUGAACAUUGUAAAGAAUUAUUGGUUUUGACUUUUCUUAUACUGCGCGGUCCGCAUUAUUCAGUAUUCACCCUUAUAAGUUUUUUAGAAUUACUCAAGUAUGUUAUUCGUAAUAAUAGAAUGGAAAUUACAUAUUUAAAAUGAUUAGCAUUAGUAUUGAACUUAUAUAAUUACAAUAUCUAUAAUCUCCUUUGAAAUAAAAACAGAACCAUUAGGAAUAAAAUCAAGAAAAUCAGAAUUCAUAAUUAUACCUAUCUAUAAGAAAUGUUGAAUAGGUAUACCUAAUUAAGUAUACGAAAAAGAACACCUUUGCCAAACAAUACAAUAUAAAGAUUGGUUU